AUGACCCAACUUCAGAAGGUAGCACAGACACAACUAUUCUUUGCUAAUGCUUGGAUUGGACUGUACAUUAACGUCAACAACUGGUACUGGUCCUUCGGAAUUGAGACACUAAAUUUUACAGCCUGGUAUUACACGCAGCCUGACAAUUUGUAUGGAGAUGAGUUUUGCGUUUUUAUAUAUCUGGGGAAAUGGCAUGAUGCACCAUGUAACUGGCCGUUAUAUUUUGUGUGCUUUGAUGACAGGGAGAAUGCUACUGCCAACUACAUUUUAAUCUAUCAGAUAAAAACAUGGGAUGAUGCUCAGAGCUAUUGUAGGCAGUAUUACACAGAUCUCGCCAGUGGAAGAAAUGCAACAGAAAACUCAAUUGUAGGGGGAUUUCUGUUUGGGGUUACUGUUUGGUUUGGCCUGAACAGAGAACGCUGGAGAUGGUCAGACCAGACUACUGAUGUGUCUUUCAUUGACUGGUGGGCUGGAAACAGUGAUGAUUACUUGAAGAAUAAAGGUUGUGGCUAUUUAUAUGGUCUUCUGGCUGAUGAAGAACAGUGCUCAUACACUGUUAUGCCUUUUUUCUGUUACUUAUACCCAAAACAACAGCAGCUCAUGAGAUUGAAGGUCAAGUCCAGCCAGGAUUUGAAUGAUCCUGCGGUAAUGGCAGCCAUCCUGGAGAAGAUGCAACAGAAACUGGAGGAUAAUGGAACUGGUAACAUCACUGUGAAUUGGAGAGAGCAACCAGAUGGAGUGGUGUUUCACAAGGAUAAAGAAAAUAAAACUGCAUUGAGAAAAGCACCAGGGGUGUGAGUGAUCUUGGGGCUGGACUGUCCUGCUUUUAGUACUAGAUGAUAUAAAAUUUGUGAUUA